AUGGAAAACAGUGACAGUGAUGAAGAUUAUGACUUGUUGCUAAGGAUUGUGAUACAACGUCGAAAGAAGAUAGUACAAUGUCGUCCGAAUUUCUUUACUCUUUACGAUGAAAAAGACUUUCGAGAACGUUUUCGUUUAUGCAAGCAAGCCGCAAGAGAUGUUUUGGAACUUAUUAGACCCAAUAUACAACAUGCGACAACCUGGAACAAUUCGUUGUCCCCAGAACACAUGCUGGCCAUUGCAUUGAGAUUUUAUGCAACAGGAAGUACACAACAACUGAUGGCAGAUGCGGCCGGUGUAUCUAUAAGCACUGUAUCGAGAGUUAUUACUCUCGUUUCACAUGAAAUUGCACGAUUGCGUAAACAAUUUAUUCAGUUCCCAGUAGCUAUAAAAGAAAUACGCAAAACACAAAAAGAUUUUUUUAUGGUUUCGAAAUUCCCUCGUGUGAUCAGUGCGUUGGAUUGCACACACGUGAAGAUUCAAUCUCCAGGUUUUUAA